CGCGUCUGAUAAAGGCCAGGAAAGGAGGCGUUGCCUAAGAUAAUCAACCGUUGCGUAAAGUGCUGGUUUUUUCUCCAUAUCGACUGCACGACCUGUAGUCUGACACUUGAUGGUAGGACCUUAGUUUGUAUAACAUUCCAGAAAUCAGACAAGUUUGUUUUGACAACGUCAAUCAACAUCUAAAAUCUCUACCAACAGCGUCAAUCAACAUCUAAAAUCUCUACCAACAGCAUCAGACAACAUGUCAUCUUUCGCCCCUACAUCAUCUGCUACAUCAUCAAAAUCAUGUGAGGACUUUGACAAGGAAGAUGCCGAGUAUUUUAUAGGAAUUGAUCAAGUUAUUUACAAGCCUGAAGCUGGACCAACAGAGUCUCUUGUUUUUAAACAUUACAACGCAUCAAAGGUUGUCAUGGGGAAAACAAUGAAAGAAUGGCUGCGAUUUUCCGUUUGUUUUUGGCACACAUUUAGGGGAACAGGUGCCGAUCCAUUCGGUCUACCAACCCUAGCUCGGCCUUGGGAUGAUGGUAGCAACAGUCUAGAGAAUGCCAAGAGGAGGCUGAGGGCUUCAUUUGAAUUUUUACAAAAACUGGGAGUUGAAUAUUGGACAUUUCAUGACAGGGACAUUGCACCUGAAGGGAAGGAUCUGGCUGAGACCAACAAAAACUUGGAUGAAAUUGUAGACUUUGUUGGACAGCUUCAACAGAAAACUGGCAUCAAGCUUCUUUGGGCCACAUGCAACUUAUUUUCAAACCCCAGGUACAUGAAUGGUGCAAGCACCAACCCUGAUGCACAUGUAUUUGCCUAUGCUGCUGCCCAGGUGAAGAAAGGACUGGACAUUGCUUUAAAAUUGGGUGCUGAAAAUUUUGUUUUCUGGGGUGGACGUGAGGGCUUUCAUUCACUGCUGAACACAAAUGUUCGAAGUGAGCUGGACCACAUGGCCACAUUUUUCAAGCUGGCUAUAGCUUAUAAAAAAAAGAUUGGAUUUAAAGGUGUGUUUUUGAUAGAACCCAAACCAAAGGAACCAUCUAAGCACCAAUAUGAUUAUGAUGCCAUGACAGUGAUUGCAUUUUUAAGAACUUACGGGCUAGAGAAAGAGAUGAAGUUGAACAUAGAACCUAACCACACCACAUUGGCUGGCCAUGCUUAUGAGCAUGAUAUAGUUAUGUCCUCUGCGUACAACAUGCUGGGGUCAGUAGACGCCAACACAGGAUCACCUGAUCUGGGUUGGGACACAGACCAGUUUCCAAUGGACAUUAAAAAUGCAACUUUGUUAAUGCAGGUUAUAUUAAGGCAAGGAGGAUUACAACCAGGUGGCUUAAAUUUUGAUUGUAAAGUACGACGUGAAUCAACGGAGCUGAAGGAUAUGUUCAUUGCACACAUUGGUGCCAUGGACACAUUUGCCCGGGGCUUGAAGUGUGCAGCGAGAAUCUUAGAAGAAGGUGUCAUUAGCCAGCAAGUACAAUUGCGCUAUGAUAGCUACAGCUCAGGAAUAGGUGCAAAAAUUGAAAGUGGAAACACAAGUCUAGAGGAGCUAGAGGAAUUUAUCCUACAGAAUGGAGAGCCUGCCUUGUUGUCAGGACAACAAGAACACUUUGAGAACAUGUUCAACUACUAUGUCUGAGUGAGAGAACACUGUGUCAAUGUAUCAAGUCCAUGAAAAUUUGUUAACUAUAUUUUCUUUUUGCCUUGUGGUAUUACUGACCAUUCAUUGCCCAUUAAAGCUAUCUUUCCAGUC